AUGAAAACGGCAGAAAGAGCUCAUACCCCAGCCAAGCUAUGGGAGCGAGUGAAACUUUCAAAACAAUAUUCAAAAGCAUUGGAACAGAUUGACCAGCAGCUGAUUUACUGGCCAAACUUUCUUAUUCAUAAAUGCAAACAGAGACUGACCAGACUUACCCAGGUCGCCAUUACCGAAAGACGUCUAGCAUUGAAAGAAAACGAGCGUCAAUAUGUCGGCAAGGCACCCAAGGUCAAGAGAAGAGAACAAACAAGAGAGCGCAAGGCCCUCGUUGCUGCCAAGUUAGAAAAGGCUAUUGAGAAGGAGCUGUUGGACAGAUUAAAGACCGGUGCAUAUGGAGAGAACCCACUUAACGUGGACGAGAAGAUCUGGAAGAAGGUUCUCAAUGGAGUCGAGAAAGAAGAAGGUGUUGAACAAGAGGAAGAGUUCGACGAAGACGAGGAGCUCGAGGACGAAUCGGAUGUUGGUGAAGUCGAGUUUGUCGAAGGAGACGACGACGAAGACGAUAUUGUCGAGCUCGAGGAUCUAGAGAAAUGGCUUGGCGGAUCUGACGACGACGGCGAGCAACGAUUCGAUUCCAGCGAGGACGAGUCCAGUUCUGAUGAAGAGUCCGAAGACGACGAAGACGAGCAAGAAACCAAAACCCGCAAGAGAAAGCCCACUCCUGCCAAAAAACCCAAAUCAGACAAAAAGAAGCCCCGCAGAGGCCCCAGAGUCGAGAUCGAGUACGAACAAGAACGCGAGUCGAAUCUCCAAACCAACGUCAACUGGUAA